AUGUCACCAGCCCGCAGACCAGGGCUCUGUUCAUGCCUUCGUCAAUACCAGCUCGUUGAUGAACCAAAGACUUGGGGUGAAGCCCAACAGUACUGCAGAGAAAGGUUCAUCGACCUGGCCACCGUGGACAACAUGGAGGACGUGGCACAACUGAUUGCAGCUGCCGGCAGUGGCUUCAGUGGAAAAGUGUGGAUAGGCCUGUAUGACAAUUCCAGUAGCUGGGCGUGGGCUAUGGAAGAUGAUGGCUACUAUGGAAAGAACAAUGAGCUCUUUCUCAAGUGGUUCCCUGGUGAACCCAAUGAUGCCAGAAAUAUGGAGCACCUGUGCACUUCUGUAAAGAAUGGUUUCUUGCGCGAUGAGCCAUGCAGUAAAAUGAACCAGCUUGUCUGCUAUGACAAUUCAAAUGGUGAGUAA